CGUUAGCAGACGACAUCUUGGCAAUUUUGAAGAUGCACACGGCCAGAGAUAUGGCACACAGGACGAACAGACUGUCGUUGAUCAGGACCCGGGCGAGGACUGCAUGUCUGAUGCCACCAUCACUGCAGACAUAAAGAGCGCUCCAGAGCUCCUUGCACUAACAGCGCACACGUCAAAUUAACCACCAGGAAAAAUAUACUGAGACACAGGAAGAGCAGUCGCAGAGGAACCCUGGCCAGAGAAAGAGGGAGGCAAAUGCAGACCAACAGAUGUGGACGCGCGUUGCCGUCCUCCUGCUGUGGGUGGGCUGCGGAGGAUGCACCGAGAAGGCCAACACGUCAGGCCUCAUCCAAUACACGGCGGCGGACUUCUACGAGAAACUGCAUUCCGGGAAGAUGAUGUUUUUGUAUUUUGAGCAUCAAGGUUCUCCAACCAUCUCUCUGUUCCUGGUGGAGCUGGAGAAGUCCGCAGACGCUCUGCAGGAUUACGGAGUACUGGUUGGCAAGGUCAACUGUAACAAAGAGGUGGUUCGCACUUACUGCGUAGAUGAAAGGGUGAUGCACACAGCUUUUUUGUUCAGAGGCGGUAAGGAGUUCUUGAGCUUCGAUUUGGACACCGUCUUCGACGUCAACUCCAUCGUCUCUGAAGUCCUGUUUGCCAUUCUGCGCGAUGAGGUCAAGUACGUCCACACGGACGCUGACCUCCUGGCGAUGGAGAAGGCGGCCAGAGGGAAGAAGGACAUCGUGCUGGGUUACGUCAGCAGCCUGGGGACUCAAGACCACAGAUCAAUGAUGGAGACGGCGUACGUGUAUGGAUCCAGGUACCAGUUCAUCCUCAUAACAGGAGGACCUGUGCUGAAGCACUUAGGCGUCAACGAAUCGUCCCACUCGUCUCAAGUGUGGUUCCUCCACUGUAGAGUUCCCAGCGGGUCCCUGAACCCCGUGGCCUCGGAGCGCUGCCCUUUGACCCGCAUGAGGAACCCUGUGUCCACCCUGAGCCUCCACUCCUUCCUGCAGCUCAUGGAGGCGCCACUCGUGUCUGAAGUGUAUGAUGACCCCUCCUCAGUGCUGCCCCCACAGUUCCCCUACCAGCAGACCCCCCAGGUCUUCCUCUUCUCUCGCCCUGAAACCAAACACCUGGACCUGGAAACGGCCACCGCUCUGGCCUGGAGGCUGCGUGGCCUCGCGCUGCUGCUCCUCGUGCACAGGCAAAGUCCCGCGGUGAAAACCCCCGAUGAAUACAAUGCUGCCUACAGGCUUCCUGGGAAGAGUCCUGAGGUGAAGUACCUGAUCUUGCACAGCCUCGACGAAGUCUUGGAUCUUUUCACAAGUCAAGAGAAAGAGGAUGAGGAGGAUGAGGAUGAAGGGUUGCAGGAUGAAGAGGAAGAAGAUUUUGAUUUUGGCGCACUGGACGACGAAGUUGCAGCAUCGGUCUUUGAAAGCCGUGGCAACGUGCUGGACAUGGACUCAGUCGCCCAGCUAACCUCUGACAACUUCCACGCCACAGUAGCGCAAAGCAGCCUGACGGUGGCGCUCUUCUACCUCAGAUGGGAUGCUGUUUCAACGGCUUUUCUCAGCUCCUUCAUUGAAGUUGCAGAGAGACUUGAAGAUUCGGACAUCGAUGACGUUCAGAUGAGCGCGGUCGACUGCGGAGAGUGGACCGACCUCUGUGCCGCUCAGACCGGCGCCUCCGUCCCCUUCCAGGCGAUCACGGCCUUCCCCACCGUCCUGCUUCUCCGGCCCCAGGAGCCGGCCCAGCUCUACGGGGGGAUGCUGGGUAGUGUGGCGUUACACCGCUUCAUCAUGAUGAGCCGCUUAGCUUCUCCCGUGCUGCUGUCCACCAACGAGGAGGCGACGUCGUUCCUCCAGGAGGCGCCUCACGCCGAGCUUGCGGGCUACAGGCCUGACCGAGUACUCGGACUGUUUAGGACGCACGUGCAAACAGGUUUGCUCGUAUUUACUGAAGCUGCCCAGUUACUGAGAGGGGAAGUGCUGACAGGACUGCUGACAGACGGGCCGGCACAGGAAUGGGCUGCAGGUCGAGCUGUGGACCUUCCAGCUGUCCUGGUGUUUCCAUCUUGGAAGACACACACUCACCCACUUGUACUGCCUGCGUCCUCCUCCUCUGCUGAAGAGCUGCUGGCACACAUCGACGCCGCUCUGCUUCACCCUAUGCCCGAGCUGACGGUGGAGAACCUGCCGUCCUUCCUCUCGCUGGGCAAGGCCCUCCUCCUUCUCUUCGUGGGAGAAGAGGAGGACGAGAUCGGGCGGAGGCAGAACCAGGCGCUGGUGGAGGAGAUGAGGGGAGUGGUGGAGUCGAGGAUGGAGCGCUACCUGGCCUGCUGGAUCCACCUCGGCCGCACUCCGGCCGGUAUGUCCGUCCUGGGCUCGUACUUGGGCUCUAUGCCCCCUCUUCCUGCCCUGGUCCUCACGCAUUUGCCCUCUGGAGAUGAAAUCUAUCAGUAUCCCCCCAACAGCCCCAUAGUGGCCUCUUCUGUCGUGCAUUGGCUGAAAAGAGUCGAGGACGGAUCGGAGUCGCCGGCAGGGAUGCUGGGCGAGGACAGCUGGCCUCCUGCUGCCGACUUCUACGACUUCCUGACAGUCAUGGAUACGCAGGAAUCCACUCGGCAGCAAACUCAUGAAGAAGAAGAGGAGGAGGAGGAGGGAGAAGAAGAGGAGAGGCUCCCAGAGCUGAUGCUGGACGCAGAGGCAGAACCAGAAAUGCAAUUCCCAUGCAGUCCUCCAGCCGAGGUUUAAGGACACGUGUCCAUGGAGCACUCUAGGAAAAACAAAAAACAACAAAAAAAAAAACCCACGGAGGAGCACUUUGUCUCGGUGUCUCAUGAAAACCCUGCUGCACAUGGGAUUUGUUUCUAUGACA